GGGUGGGAUAUCCUUAGCAGCGAACUAGCUAAUAACAUGGCGAAGACGUACGACUACUUGUUCAAACUACUUUUAAUCGGCGACUCGGGCGUCGGGAAGACCUGCGUGCUUUUCAGAUUUUCAGAAGAUGCCUUUAACUCAACCUUUAUCUCCACUAUAGGUAUCGACUUCAAAAUCAGAACAAUAGAAUUAGAUGGAAAGAAGAUCAAACUACAGAUAUGGGAUACAGCAGGACAGGAGAGGUUCAGGACCAUCACGACUGCCUAUUACAGAGGAGCCAUGGGCAUCAUGCUAGUGUACGACAUUACCAAUGAGAAGUCCUUUGACAAUAUUAGGAACUGGAUAAGGAAUAUAGAAGAGCAUGCCUCAGCAGAUGUGGAGAGAAUGGUGCUUGGAAAUAAAUGUGACGUCAAUGACAAGCGACAAGUGUCAAAAGAAAGUGGAGAGAAGCUGGCGCUGGAUUUUGGCAUCAAAUUCAUGGAGACGAGCGCAAAGGCAAACAUAAAUGUGGAGAAUGCAUUCUUAACCCUUGCCAGAGACAUUAAAGCAAAGAUGGACAAGAAGCUGGAGGGAAACAACCCGCAGGGCAGCAACCAAGGCGUGAAGAUUACAGAACAGCCCAAGAAGAGCAGUUUCUUUCGCUGCAUGCUUCUGUGAGGAGAUGGCAGCGUCAGCAUCCACCAUCGCCUUAACUUUGUCCCCCACUGGACAGAACUGGACAGAGCACACCCUGAUUUCUGUUUUAUCCUUCUUUCCUCGUCGUCUUCCAUCUAAUCUCUCCUGUGAUUUAAUGUUGAAAAAGAAAAGUCUAUUCCUCCUUCAGUUUUCUCUCAACCUCUGCUGUGGCCUGUGUUAUAUACUGACACUUUGAACUUCAAUUCUCAUAUUUUAUUAAUUUCUGAAGGCUGCCUCCUGGUGAGACGCUGAGAACGAUCAAACCUUUUCUACCCGUAACCUUAAACUUUUUUUUUUUGCGAGACGUUAACUCUUUCGAAAGCGUUCUCACGUGGUGAAGUCUUAUUUAUUUCACAACACCCCGAAUUCUGCUACGUUUGCACUGACAGGGUGAUCUAGAUUUUAUUUUAUUUUUAUAUCCACAAUGUGUAAAUAUGGAUCACUGAUUAUGUUUCACCAUGUGAAAACGUGAUGCCAGUGCAUUUUACUCAUAUCUGAAGUGGAGUUUGCAUUAUACUCUCCACCAUUUCUUCUCUUCUUUUUUUUUUUGUAGGCUGAUACAUUCCAUUCCUUUUGCAAACACAUUCAUGUGCAGCACAAUGUAUGUAGAGCCUCUGUCUUGUCUGAAAUUAUUCAUGUGGUUGCAGAAAAGCUGAGAUUUAAGGGCUCACACAUUCCUUCUGUGGUAGCAUUUCCCAUUGUCGUAGGUGUUGCAAUUAAAACAAAAUUGAUAUGUUGUUGGUAAGAGGAACACAAGUAUUUAAUUCACCUCUGUGGGUGGAUAAGUCAGUACUUAAACCCAAAUACCUGUAAAGAAGGAAUCGCAGCAAUGAUGAAAUCAUUGUUUUAUGCAUUUGUACUUGAUCUGGUUCCAAUGGGGGAACAUAUACUGUCUUCUGGGCCUUGGAUUGGGGCUGUGUUGUAGCAGUAUUUAUGGAGAGGAGAAAAGACACAGCACCAAAAUGACAAAGUGCCCUUUAUGUUCUUAUUGAUUAUGCACUUUUUCCAUUUGUUCUUCCUGUUUAUAUAUACAUAUAUAUGUAUAUAUCUAUAUAUAGAUAUACACAUAGUAUGUAUAUAUGUAUGUAUGUAUAUGAAAAAAAAGUUCUUAAGAUUUAUUGACUGUUUCCUGUACGUCUUAACUGAAAGCAAAGAAUAUUGAUGCACAAAAUUUCCAUGUAACCUACCUGGGCCUAAUGUCAACAUCUGAGCACUGAGACCUCUGUUUCUGGUUGGCAUAUCAAAAGGUGCACAGCAAGCGAAGGAAACAUACCUAUAACCCCUGAUGAACUUGCCACAGCAUUCCCUCCCAUUAUUAAAAAUGGUUUAUCUUUGUUUUUGCUUAAAAUCAAUGCUUUUGAGGAUCCCAGCCAGCGUGUUGUCCACCUCUCACCAGAUAAUUCUGUAUCGUUGUGACCCAGCGUCAUGGCAGUCUGAACUAUGCAUUCGGGGUGCAUGAAAAACCUUAAACGGCUUUGCACAUGUGACUUGACUUAAGCUUUAUUUGAGAUUAGAAGGGUGCAGAAAAUUGCUGUUUCUCUGAAACGUUCCUUAGAGAGGUGUUCAGAUGUUAAUAGGAAACGAAUAGAAAUCUGGCUCUAAUCACAUCAGAGUUUUACUGUGGGAGAAAAUAGUUUCUUGGGUUGCUGAACAGCCAAUGAAUCAAUUAAUCUAGUGGAUUGGAAUAAAAAAAAUUCAGCUAAAUUUUCUUUAACUGGAUUGUAUAUUUGUCCAGCUUAAAGACUGAAAAUUCAGUAUUUCUUUGGGGUGGCAAGUCUUUCCCUUCCCGGAUGAUUUGGCCUAUAAGUGUACACAUCUUCAGCAAUUCCUAAUUAAAUUUGGUAUUUCCUCAAAGAUAUUUGAUGGACUAAAUAUGGAGAAAAUUUGCAAUUGUAAAUAAGAUCAACAAUGAUUGUACUGUAGUUUCAUAAAUCUUAUUGAUCUACACUUUUUGUAGAUGUGUGUACUUUUGAUGAUUUAUUAAAGAUUCUUAAGAAAUGUU